UACUGUCUUAUUACACCAAUUUUAAUCGCGUGUCGUUACUUACGAUGUACUGUCUUUAAUACAGCGCAGAAAGAAAUAUCUAUGGCUGCUUGUUAAUAUUACAGUGGUGUAAUUAGUGUAAUCACGGGUAUGAAUUUCUGGCUACGAAACGACGGGACGAGCGGUCAUCCCAUUCGGCCGCACUCGAAUCGAGAAGGUGUUGGUUAGCGUACUGCUUGUGGCUCAUUAAUUUUCGGGUGUCCACUUUUUAGUCAUUGUAAAUAUGGUUGAACUUGCCCCUCCUGUUGCAGUUUCACCAUUCAUCCGGGCAUGCCGGUGGGGAGCUUUCGCUGCUGGAGUCCUAUAUGGUGCAUAUAACUUAAAACGGCUGACGAAAAAGGAAGCUGUGCGAAGAGAGGUGGAGGCCAAGCACCAGGCCUCAAUUGCUGCCAAAAAACAAGAGGAGAAGCUCAGAGCCCAGCGCGAGGAGCUCCUGGUCCUAGCCAAGGAGACUGGAACACCAGUUCCUCCGGGCUUCUAACGACGCUUCCUUCACACGUUCUUAGCUGCCAUGUACACUUUGUUGGUUCGACCACCCUUGAGUUCUAAAUAAAAAUCUCUCGUCUAGGCAA